AUGCCACAAUUACCUUCCCCUGAAGGCACCCCCGAGAUUUCCAUUCCCAACCAACCACCGCCCAACCAAAUCAUCCCUGCGCAACGAACAUCACAACUCGGAAUCGAUCCCAGACUUGUCGAGGACAAGUACUGGCACAACCAUCCUCACCAGAAGCUACUCGGGGAGAUCGCGGCCCGCGAUCUGGAUGGGCUGGACACGCAAGAUCUGAUUUCUAAGUUGUUGGCGACCCCAGCUAAUGAAAUCGUCUACCUUGGCAACGAGCUCAACCCAGUUUGGAUCGAGGCAAAGAAACGAUAUCGAGAAUCUCUCACCAUGGCUCCCCAACACAAUGCCAAGAAGAAAAGCGGCAGCAAAUCGAAGAACGCCACAUCGAAGGUUGCGAAAUCGAAGAAACCCGCGUUGGCCCCCCGUGCCCCCCCUCCCGACGAUGACGAAGGUGAUUCAGAUCGACAGACAUCCGAGGUCCCCGAAGAGACUCAACUCGAAUACCCCAUCCCAUCUGACGACCAUUUGGACAGGGACCGUGACCGAUUCAAAAACUACGUGGAGAAAUUGGCUGCAGCGGAAGACGUGGACAAGAUCUUGACUCCAGAGAUGCUCGAUGAGAUCAGAGAUUGGGCAGGAAAGGCCCUCACCAAAUCCACUCGCCCAACGUCCAACUCCAAAUUGUACAAGGAUGUCAACACUGCGGUGGGCAAAGGAGGCAAGGAAAUGCCUGAAUCGGCAUUGUGGGCCUUAGCCAUCCGGAUCAUCAUAUUUGAGAAGGGCGACGCAUCGAAGUUGUGGAAAGGCCUCCCGGAUCUCCAAGAUGCCGUCAAGGCAAUGAUUGCCAUCGUGGCAUUCCUCAUCCAAGGAAAAUUUCCCUCCGUGCGGCAUUGCGCAGCCCCAUAUCUGAAAUCCCUCGACCGGAUCAUUUAUACCAGCCCCAUCUCAGAAGUCACUCCCUUGUCGACAUCCGAGCCGACCACUGCCACCGCCAGGUCCACUACAUCGGGAAAGACUCUCCCAUCGAAGUCCGCAGAGCCCGAUUUGGAAGUGGCCGACGCAAAUCUGUCGGAUGCGAUCCCCGACGCAGAUCUGUCGGAUGCGUUCCACAAUGCACUCACCCGUGAUGAGGAUCUUAUUUUCUCAUUUGUCAACCCUGAGGCAGAUGUGAAUCAAGUUACAGGAUCUGCUGGUGAUGACCCGAAGCCAUCUCGCCGCCAAUCGACCAUUCCCCUUGAGCCCCGCCCCUCUGAGCCUCAGACGGAUGCGGACCAUCAGGACAAGCAAUCAGUGAAGGAGAUGAAGGCAAUGAUUGCACAACUCAGGAACCGGGUUGCCUCGAUCGAGCACACUAGAUCGUCACCAGCGCGACCUCGACAGAAUUCGCCAGAUCGGUCGUCCAAUUUCAAACUCUUGCAGGCGCAGGCUGUGUCCAGCCCGAAAUCUCUGAACGAGGCUGCCAAGACAUCUCAGACUCGGACAAAUCCACCGAUUGAGACAGCCAGACCUUCUCGACCUGCAACGGAAAUGCCCCUGACACCAACCAUCAGAAAUCCGGGUCCGUUGAUUGAAGAUCGUGUUGCCAACUUGGCCUCUGCCGAUAAAUUGGAAAAAAUCAAACUACAGCGAUCGAUGCGGAAUGAUCCUCUUGUGGAGGCAGCGAUGGAGACCUCUGAGAGUGAAAAUCGGGAUGGCACCGAAGGCGAUGAGAGUGACAAUGGCGAUGGCGCCUCAUCUGAGGAGGAAGACGAAGAGUUCACUGAGGAGCAGAAAGCGGAGAUCCGUGACCGCAUGGAGGAAUCUCUUGGCGUUGUCCCCCCCAAGGCUCGAAUCGCAAUGGCCGUCAGUUGGAUGUUCGAAUUGAUGAUCGAUCGGGGAUGGGACAUUUCCGAUGGCAUUGUGGAAUUCAUUCAGUCACGUCAGGCAAUCACAUCCGCCGCCCAGGUUGACACCCCUCAACCAGGUCCUGAUGCCAAUUCAGGGGGAGCGAAAUCUGGGAAGCGAGUUCGACAACCAGUCUUGGAGACCCCGACAAAGAGAUCGAGACGCUCUUAA